GAACAGGACCUGGCUGCCCGGGAGCUGAGCAGGGACCUGAGGUGGAGCAGUACUGGGGAAGGGAAGAGGGAGCUGGGGCACUCCAGCCUAGCAAGCCCCCAGGCUGCAGGCCGAGUUAAGGGCCCAUGAAAGAUGAACCCAGAAUGAGGAACCAGACAAGAGUGGUGGAAUUCAUCAUUGUGGGACUGUCCAACAACCACCAUGUCAACAUUAUCCUGUUUGCGGUUCUAUUACAUGUCUUCCUGUUGACUGUAAUGGGAAACAUCAUUAUUGUCACCCUCUCCCUGAUGGACCAUCGCCUCCAGUUGCCCAUGUAUUUCUUCCUCAGGAACUUCGCUCUCUUAGAAAUCUGCUUCACCUCUGUCAUCAUGCCCAAGUUCCUCUACAGCCUCCUGACAGAGAGAAAAUCUAUUUCCUUCCCUGGUUGUUUCCUUCAGUUAUUGUUGGUCUUCCUCCUGGGUGCCUCUAUGUUUUGCCAUGGGGCUGUCAUGUCCUUUGACCGCUAAAUGGCUAUCUGCCAUCCCUUGCGUUACGGCACCAUCAUGAAUGGCAGGGUCUGCUUCCAGUUAGUGCUGGGCUGCUGGGUGAUGAGUUUUUUUAUAAUGG